UAGAAUGUUCUUUCUGCUAUGGACAAAAACUCUCAGGACUCUUGGGUGCGAGCUGGCAGAAGCCAAAACUCCUUUGGAGUUUGACAAUCGAAUAAUUUGAAUUACAAACCCUAACGAUAAUUUGGGUAGCACAUAAUUUAUAUUGUUUUCUAUUUGGAAAUGGCUGACACAAUCCUUACUUCCGAAAAAUCUUCCAGUUCGUCUUCAUUGAAUCCUCCCACUCGGACAGUCUGCCACGUAUGUCAGAAGCAAUUUUCUCAGUAUACUUGCCCACGAUGUAAUACUCGAUAUUGUUCGCUUAAAUGUUACCAGUCUCAUAGUCGUAGUUGUACUGAAUCCUUCAUGCGAGAAAAUGUGGUAGAUGAGAUGCGGCAUAUGCAGCCUGAUGAUGAAACUAAACGAAAAAUGCUAGAAAUAUUGAAGCGAUUACAUUCUCAAGAGGAAAGUGAUAGCAUGGAAGAGGAGAUUGAUAGCAUGGAUGAGGAUGAAUCAACUCUAUCUGAGGAGACAAUUCAAAAAAUCUUGUCUGGUGGACAGGUCAGUUUUGAUGAUUUAUCUGCGAAAGAGAAGAAAUUGUUUCAAAGAGCCAUGGCAUCUGGAGCACUGAGCAAGAUGAUUGAGCCGUGGGAUCCGUGGUGGCUGAAGCCUUCGGCUAGAACAAUCUGUCUUAGCCAGCAAGGAACUCAGCUUGUCCAACCUCUUGACAAGCAUGAAGUAUCAGUGCCACCUGACCAUGAUACAGAAAGUAGUGAAUCCACUGAGAUUCCAUCUGGCCCUGAAACCCCACUGCCUCCAGUUAGCAAACUUAGCUCUACAGAGCCGUCUCCACUCUUAGUUUUCCACUUGGUUGACAUGAUAUAUAGUUACUGUUUCACCCUUCGACUUUAUAAUGGAGAUUGGCAAUCAGAUGCCCUAGGAUCAGCAAUGAUGGCUUUGAGUGUGUCUGCUGUCUUGGGCCAAGGUGGGCAGCCAGAAAGUGUGCAGGAAGCCGUGUGUUAUUGCUUGGAGCAGACUUGCACUUCUUACAAACACAUGGGAGGAUUGCAGUUUGGAUUGGCUGUUAUUGACGAUGUAAUAAUCCUACUAUCUCUAGGAGGUUCUGCUUUAAUCUGCUCACUUUGUGAUCUUCAGAGGAUGAUUCAGGCAGGGGAAAGGGAGCUAAAGUCAGAGAAGACUAAAAACUCUGGAAGAGUGGAAACCAGGAGGAAGCUGAAGCUUGCUGAGAGGAAGAUUUAUUUCAUGAUGUGUUGGGUGCAUGAGCAGCUGGGGGAAGCUUGGUCUUCUGCAGCAGCCAUCUUAAAGGCAGAAAAACUUUCAUAUAUAGAUUAUGGUGGUGGUAAGAGUUAUGUGAAAAUGGAGGAUAAAGCAGAAUCAAGAAGCAAAGUUUUGAUUAAGGAAAUGGAAUGAGAUGUUGCCCGAUGUUCUAUUGGUGUUUGUAUGUUAUCUGUAUUCAUUUAUGUUUUUUCUGAUAGAUAGUAGAUGAAGAGGUACAUUGACGUCGUACAUGUUGAUAAUCAUAUGAUUUGAUAAUGAUCACUUGAACAAAAAAGGUUCAACA